AUGAUAUCCUUUGAACCUCCAAUUGCCAUUGUUGAUGGAACGAAAAAGCUGACUUCCAUGUCGCAGUGCCCGAUUGCGUCUCUCCACUCGUCCAGUUUCACUUGGACUAGUUCGAAUACUUCUCCGAAGAAGGCUUUUCAGGAGCGAAUGCAAGAAAUUCGCAACGCAUGUGCCGAUCCGUAUCCUCGGCUUGCAGUAGACUCGCGUACUCUGAGUUGUGCCGACUUUCGCACUCGCUACGCUCACUUGAAGGAGAAUGAAACAGUAGAGGAAGACUCAAUUGUCAUUUCUGGUAGGAUCCGUACCUAUAGACUCGCCGGGAGCAAAUUGAUCUUCUUCGAUAUCGUGCAAGAUGGCCACAAAGUUCAAGUGAUGUGCAAUAAACGACAGCUUGCGAAUGUCGACGGUUCCGAGUUUAAAAAGUUCUAUCGCCUUUUGCGCCGCGGCGAUGCAUUCUCUAUCACCGGGCGACCGUAUCGAACUGGCCGUGGUGAAUUGACCAUAGAUGCCACUGAGCUGCCGCAGCUGCUCUCACCAUGUCUACACGAUGUGCCUAUUCACGAUGCCGCCCACCAAGAGACCUCACCGUACCCUCGCCAUGUUCAAUUCAUGGCUGAUCCCACAGCUGCCGACAUCAUUCGAGCGCGAGCUUCGUUGGUGCAGUACCUGCGCCAGUUCUUCCUCGACCGCUCCUUCAUGGAGGUCAACACACCGAUCAUUGGCGCAGGCGCCGGUGGUGCCAUCGCUCGACCGUUCAACACGUCGGCCACAGAAUUCCCUGAUCGUGUGCUGUCCUUGCGAAUUGCACCCGAGUUGUGGCUCAAGCGACUGGUCGUGGGCGGGUUUGACAAGGUCUUUGAGAUCGGCGCGUCUUUCCGAAAUGAAGGUAUCGACAAGACUCACAACCCCGAGUUCACUACUUGUGAAUUUUAUCAAGCCUACGCCAACUUGGAAGACCUGAUGAGCAUGACCGAGCUGUUGCUGUCCGGGAUGGUCGAGCAUAUCAAGACCUUCAAUGUCAAGGGCACUCUCAAUCCCACCACGGCCGAUUUCCGCAGGCCCUUCCGGCGCAUCGAUUUCAUCACUGGAAUCGAAGGGCAGAUCGGACGCGCCCUGCCCGAUCUUUCCUCUCCAGAUGCCUUGAUCCAACUACAUACCCUCUUCCACGAGCUUUCUCUCCCCCUGCCGUCAUCUCCCAAUCUUCCUCGCCUUCUCGAUGAGCUAUGCGCUACUUACCUUGAGCCACUCUGCGUCGACCCGACAUUCAUCAUCCACCCGCCUGAAUGUCUCUCUCCGUUGUCUAAAUCAUUCAUCCACCCCACCGCGAAUCAAGUCGUCGCCGCGCGUGGUGAGCUUUUCAUUCAAGGCAAGGAGGUAGUCAACACCUACGAGGAAGAGAACUCGCCUGUGGAGCAGCGACGCAAGUUUGAGGACCAAGUGCGAUACAGCAAGGGCUCUGAUGAACCUGCUGAAGUGGAUGAGACUUACUUGGAGGCGCUCGAAUGGGGUCUCCCUGCCACGGGUGGUUGGGGUUGUGGCGUGGACCGACUGGUGAUGCUGUUCACCGGUGCGAAGCGGAUUGGGGAUGUCUUGCCGUUUGGCACUUUGCGCGCUGUGACCCGGCGGCCCUCUGUCCUCCCUGGCCUGACCGGCAAAGAGAAUGUCCCGGCUAAAUGA